AUGAGUAUAGCGGCGCAUUGCUCGCCAUGUGGACUCGUCAAAUGCAGCCCAGCCGCGCGUGGGCUGGGCGCCGCGGGCCUUUCAGUCGCGACGGUCUCGUCAGCUCCGUCCGUUUCGCCCGCUUCGCUCCUACUGCGUGCUCGUCAAAUCGCGCCGACUGCCAGGCGAGACGCGUUCGGAGCCCGCGCAUUCGCGACUGAAUCUGCUGUUCCUCCCCGGAGACUGGCGGCGCUGUCAAGACCAAGGCGAGCCGCGACCUCAAGAACGCACGAGUCGGCCCACCGUUACAGACACCCGCUUGUGUUCUCGAUAAAAGCCCGCGCGGACACCGUGACUAUCGACGAGCCUUAUAGCGAAUCCGCGGACGCAGCGGAGGAGGGAGGGAGCAAGCCACGAGAGCAGGCGGAAAAUCUUGCGGGGACUGCGGGGGAGGCGCGCGCGGCGGAAGAAGACGCGGGGAAGGCGGCGCCGGCGCGCAGUGGAAGUAGCAGUAGCGACACCGACGGAGGCGAGAAGCUGAGCCAGGCGACUCUGAUUUGGCGCGCUGUGAAGCUGCCGAUCUACAGCGUGGCGUUGAUUCCGCUCAUGGUGCGCUCUCUCGUCAUCUUACGCCCCCCACACCCCCUCGCGUCCGUCUCGCUACUCUCGCCCCGCACGCUACUCUCGCCGCGUGCAUUCUUCGUCCACCAGGUGGGAGCGUCAGCAGCAUACCUACAGACUGGCGUUUUCCACGCGGGCAGAUUCAACUCCUUCCUCCUCUUCUCCGUCCUCGUUAUUGCGUGGCUCAAUCUAAGUAACGAUGGAUUCGAUUCUUUCACUGGCGUGGAUAAGACGAAGCCAGAGUCUGUGGUCAACCUCACGGGCAGUCGCUUCCGAGUGCUGGCAUUGGCCUUCCUCCUCCUGGGGCUGGGCCUCGCAGGGAUCUUCUCAGGCGCGGCUGCUGUUGCGGAUCCACGUGUCGGAUGGCUAUUGGCCGCCUCGAUUGCCUGUGGAUAUGUGUAUCAGUGUCCGCCUUUCCGCCUAAGCUACAAGGGAUUGGGCGAGCCCCUGUGCUUCCUGGCCUUCGGCCCCUCUGCUACCACUGCCUUCUACCUGCACCAGGCCAGCAACCCAGGUGCGCCGGCACCGGUGUCAGCAGCAGUGCUGGCAGCAUCUGUGCUGGUGGGCAUCACCACCACACUCAUUCUCUUCUGCUCGCACUUCCACCAGAUCGAUGGUGACAGAGCCAAGGGCAAGCUCUCCCCUCUGGUGCGCCUCGGCACAGCCACCGGGUGUGAAGUGGUGCGAGUGUCUGUGCUCGCGCUCUACAUCCUCUCCGCUGCUUUUGUUGCCACGGGGGUUCUCCCAUGGACCUGCCUGCUUGCUGCAGCCGCCACGCUCCCCAUCGGUCGCAUCGUGGUCAACUUUGUCUCGUCGCAUCAUCAG